AUGGGUAACUUAUUAUCUAAAGAAACCCCUGUAGGAGACGCUGUGGCCAUGCAAAAAAAAUCAAGUAAUGAGUUUACUAUUACUCCACAGGGUAAUCAAGAAACAUCACGUACUCGAAAAAAACCCUACUUUAACCUUGAAAAUCAACAAUUAAAUGAAUUACCAUCAUCAGUUGAUGAACAAGAUAAACUUGAACCAAUGCAAAUUGAAGAAUAUCAUCGUAAUGAAUUAACCAACGAAGGUGGAUCAAGUAAUGAUGAUAUUUUUGAUACUAAUAUGCUUCAAGAUGUACAAAUGCGUGAUAGAUCUAUAGAACGUGGAAUAAAAUUUGCUGCUAGUCAAAUAUCUACCGUUGAACGUGAAAGAUAUGUACGUGCGAAACAGAAACGAGUGAAAGGAGAUUUGGAGAAUGAUGGUUUCAGAGUGAUGUGA